GUUUUCAUGUGAUCCCCACCAUCUCGAGCAUCGUCCCAGAGAGCUGUCUGCUGAUUGUGGUGGGGCUGCUGGUGGGGGGCCUGAUCAAGGGCGUGGGCGAGACGCCCCCCUUCCUGCAGUCAGAGGUCUUCUUCCUCUUCCUGCUGCCUCCCAUCAUCUUGGAUGCCGGCUACUUCCUGCCGCUUCGGCAGUUCACGGAGAACCUGGGGACCAUCCUGAUCUUCGCUGUGGUGGGCACGCUGUGGAACGCCUUCUUCCUGGGCGGCCUCAUGUAUGCUGUGUGCCUUGUGGGCGGUGAACAGAUCAACAACAUUGGCCUCCUCGACACCCUGCUCUUUGGCAGCAUCAUCUCCGCCGUGGACCCAGUGGCUGUGCUGGCUGUCUUUGAGGAGAUCCACAUCAACGAGCUGCUGCACAUACUGGUCUUCGGGGAGUCCCUGCUCAACGAUGCCGUCACUGUGGUCCUGUAUCACCUCUUUGAAGAGUUUGCCAACUAUGAUCAAGUGGGCAUCGUGGACAUAGUCCUCGGCUUCCUGAGCUUCUUCGUAGUGGCCCUGGGUGGGGUGUUUGUGGGCGUGGUCUACGGGGUCAUCGCAGCCUUCACCUCUCGAUUCACCUCCCACAUUCGUGUCAUCGAGCCGCUCUUCGUCUUCCUCUACAGCUACAUGGCCUACUUAUCAGCCGAGCUCUUCCACCUUUCAGGCAUCAUGGCACUCAUCGCCUCAGGGGUGGUGAUGCGUCCGUACGUGGAGGCCAACAUCUCCCACAAGUCCCACACCACCAUCAAGUAUUUCCUGAAGAUGUGGAGCAGCGUCAGCGAGACCCUCAUCUUCAUCUUCCUUGGUGUCUCCACUGUGGCCGGCUCCCAUCACUGGAACUGGACCUUUGUCAUUAGCACCCUGCUCUUCUGCCUCAUCGCCCGAGUGCUGGGCGUGCUGGGCCUGACCUGGUUCAUCAACAAAUUCCGCAUUGUGAAACUGACUCCCAAGGACCAGUUCAUCAUUGCCUACGGGGGCCUGCGAGGGGCCAUCGCCUUCUCCCUGGGCUAUCUCCUGGACAAGCAGCACUUCCCCAUGUGUGACCUGUUCCUCACUGCCAUCAUCACCGUCAUCUUCUUCACCGUCUUUGUGCAGGGCAUGACCAUUCGGCCCCUGGUAGACCUGUUGGCUGUGAAGAAAAAGCAAGAAACAAAGCGCUCCAUCAAUGAGGAGAUCCACACACAGUUCCUGGACCACCUUCUGACAGGCAUCGAGGACAUUUGUGGCCACUACGGCCACCACCACUGGAAGGACAAGCUUAAUCGGUUUAAUAAGAAGUAUGUGAAGAAGUGUUUGAUAGCCGGCGAGCGCUCCAAGGAGCCCCAGCUCAUUGCCUUCUACCACAAGAUGGAGAUGAAGCAGGCCAUUGAGCUGGUGGAAAGUGGGGGCAUGGGCAAGAUCCCCUCUGCUGUCUCCACCGUCUCUAUGCAGAACAUCCAUCCCAAGUCCCUGACUGCUGAGCGCAUCCUGCCAGCACUGUCCAAGGACAAGGAGGAGGAGAUCCGCAAAAUCCUGAGGAACAACCUGCAAAAGACCAGGCAGCGGUUGCGGUCCUACAACAGACACACACUCGUGGCUGACCCCUACGAGGAGGCCUGGAACCAGAUGCUGCUCCGGAGACAGAAGGCCCGGCAGCUGGAACAGAAGAUCAACAACUACCUGACAGUGCCGGCCCACAAGCUGGACUCACCCACUAUGUCACGGGCCCGUAUUGGCUCAGACCCUCUGGCCUACGAACCAAAGGCAGACUUGCCAGUCAUCACCAUCGACCCAGCCUCCCCACAGUCACCCGAGUCUGUGGACCUGGUGAAUGAGGAGCUGAAGGGCAAGGUCCUGGGGCUAAGCCGGGAUCCAACAAGGGUGGCUGAGGAGGAUGAGGAUGAGGAUGGAGUCAUUAUGAUGCGGACCAAGGAGCCCUCGUCCCCAGGCACUGACGAUGUCUUCACCCCUGGGCCAAGUGACAGCCCCAGCUCCCAGAGGAUACAACGCUGCCUCAGUGACCCAGGCCCCAACCCUGAGCCUGGGGAAGGGGAGCCUUUCAUCCCCAAGGGACAGUAGCGCCAGGCCAAUGGGCAGCACCUAUCCCAUAGACUCUCCCAUCAGAGCAGGGACUGGGGGAGAGCUUGGGGACUCCCUCACCCUUGCUGACCUGGAUUGGCCCUGUCCUUCCUCCCCAGCGCAUGGCAGCUGGGUCCACAAUCCCCACAGCAGCACGGCUUCCCCCUGCCUCCUGGGAAGCGCCCCCUCCCACCAGAACUGCCUUCCAAAUCUAUUUGGCAGAACUGCUGGGCUGGUGAGGCAGGCCCUGCUCCUGCAGAUCCAGGCUAUCCCAUACUCGGACCAGGCCUUAGUCUCCCAGGCCACAAGACUCCUCCCUCUACUCCAGCACCCUCCUCAUUCAGACCAAUCUUUCUUUCUAACCAAAGAGCCUGUGGCUCCAUAGUGAUCCCAGCCAGGAAAGGAAGGAACUGAGGCCUCCUUUGCUCUUGGCCAGGCCCUCUUUUAUUUGAGGAAACCAGGGGCAGGAAUUAGCAACCCAUGGCAGUCCCAGCCCACUCCUGCCAGCUGUGGCAACCUGGCCACCCAAGCUGUCUUCGCUCAGAGCUGCAGGCUGGGGGCAUCUCUGAGCUUCUCUGCCUGGAGCAGGGGUGCUUUAGACAGUGAAGUGACUUGGGUGAUGAGGACCACUGGGCCUUUCUGGGGCUACUACCAGGGGGAGGGACUGUCUGGGGCUCCAGAAAGUACUACCUUUCUAUUUUGAUUUACACUUCCACAUCUGAUACUGUUUGCACAGAGGCACUCCUGGUUUUAGGAUAUCUGAAAAUCCCUGGCAGGUCAGAGCUCAGCCCCUCUCACCCCAGCCUUCUGCUCCAGAGAAUCAUGCCUCCUCAUUUGUGCCUGUGUGUCUGACACCCUCUCCCAAAUUGGUCCUCUGCCUGCUGGGCUUUUAACUUUUGUCCAAGGCUCUGAUUUCGGCUGUGGCUCCCACCUGUCGUGAUUCUCCAACCUCACAGGCACAGAGUUCCCUGGCACCUGCCUUGCCCUUGGGCCUGACCCUCAUUUCCUGCUGGCCUAUUCUUUCUUACUCUCUCCCCCCCCACACUUGCCCCUACACCAGGCCUCUCACUCUCAUGCGUAUCCAGCUUGCUGUGGAGCCCAGCUCCAAGGGAGAGGGCUUUCCCUGAGGGUCUCCCACUCUGGGCAGAGUUGCUGGAGUGGACAGAAUCCUGGGUCCCCACUCCCUACACCCCCACCACCAUGGCCAGGACCAGGCCUAUGGGUAUCUGUCUCCCCUCCCACUCCAGAAUCGUGCAAUAGUCAGUGUCCCUCUCCCAGGGACAGGGCCAUGGGUGCUCGGCCCAUCUGUCUUUCUCCUCUCCAUGCAAAGAGCUGUUUUGGGCAGGAGUCGCCAUGAAAGAUGACAUCGACAACCAUGCACAAAGCCACCGCAACUG